AUGGGGAUCAACUCGAGAGCGGAGAUUUUAAAGGAGCCGCAAAGUGCAAGCAUAAGCAUGAGGACACCAUCAUUGUCCUCAGAGGGGGCUGUUGAGCAGGGUGGCGCCGGUGAUAAGCUACUGCAGUUGUUCAUGGGAGAUGAUCAGGACGUGGCCGUGGGCAACUUGUUUGUGGAGGCGCGGAUCAGGGCCGCUUUCUACCCCAAAUUUGAGAACGACAAGUCUGAUCAACAGACAAGAACUCGGAUGAUUGAGAUGGUGUCAUGUGGCUUAGCUACCAUGGAGGUUACGCUUAAGCAUUCAGGAUCUCUGUUCAUGUAUGCUGGUGCCCAUGGUGGAGCAUAUGCCAAGAACAGCUAUGGAAAUCUCUACACUGCUGUUGGCGUUUUUAUCCUGGCCCGUAUGUUUCGUGAAGCUUGGGGUGAGGAAGCUCUUAAAAUGCAAGCUGAAUUUAAUGCUUAUCUCGAGAAAAACCGGCUAAACAUUUCAAUGGAACUUGUGACAGCUGUUUUAGGAGACCAUGGACAAAGGCCAAAGGAUGAUUAUGUCGUGGUUACAGCUGUAACAGAGUUGGGUCAUGGCAAACCAAAGUUCUAUUCUACUCCGGAGGUGAUUGCCUUUUGUCGAAAAUGGCGCCUCCAAACAAAUCAUGUCUGGCUAUUUUCUACAAGGAAAUCUGCCACUUCCUUUUUUGCUGCCUAUGAUGCAUUGUGUGAAGAGGGGACUGCCACACCGGUUUGCAAAGCCCUUGACGAAAUAGCUGAUAUAUCUGUACCAGGGUCAAAGGAUCAUGUAAUUGUACAGGGUGAGAUGCUUGAAGGUCUGGUUGCCCGUAUUGUUAGUCGAGAAAGUUCAGUUCAAAUGGAAGAAGUUCUGAGAAACUUCUCACAGCCUCCAUUAGAUGGAGUUGACUGUGAUUUAGGACCAAAUUUACGUGAAAUAUGCACCUCUAAUAGCUUAGAUGAAAAGCAGAAAAUUAAAGCAAUUCUUGAAAAUCUUCGAUCUUCAUUGUAUCCAGACCAUUCUGAUUGGUUUGGAAAGAGUGGACUUGAUGCCCAGUCUCGAAAAGCUGAUGAAUCGGUUGUCGCUUACUUUUUGCAAGCACAUCCUACAGACUAUGCAACUAAGAAAUUACAGGAGAUGAUUCGUUUGAUGAAGCAGAUGAAGGAGAUGAAGCCGAGUAGUUUUCCUGCAGCGUUUAAAUGUUACUGGAAUUACCAAAAAGUUGAUUCUCUUUCAAAUGAUAACUUGUAUUACAAGAUGGUUAUCCAUGUGCAUAGUGAUUCCGUUUUUACACGUUAUCAGCAAGAGAUGAAGAAAAAUCAAGGGUUAUGGCCACUGUAUAGGGGUUUCUUCAUUGAUGUAAACCUAUUCAAGGCGAACAAUAAGAAGACCACUGAACUUUCCAAAGACUGUAACAUUUUACUGAACAGUAUUGAAGGUUCCUUGGAUUCAAGUUCGUCAGUUAAGGAUGGUCUGGCUGAUGAGGAUUCAAAUUUAAUGGUCAAACUAAAAUUCCUGCCUUAUAAGAUAAGGACAUUUUUAAUUCGGAAUGGCCUCUCCACCAUUUUCAAAAAUGACGGAUCUGCUUAUAGUAAUUAUUACGUAAGGCAAAUGAAGAGUUGGGGAACAUCAGAAAGUAAACAGAAAGAGCUUUGCAAACUGUUGAAUGAAUGGGCUGCCUACAUUAGAGGAAAGUAUGGCAAUAAGCCACUCUCGUCCUCAAUUUAUCUUAAUGUGGACAAUUUCAAAAGAAAAUAUCUUGGCGAGGCAGAGCCCUUCCUUGAACAAUAUGCUAAGCGUAGCCCUGCAAACCUGGCUUUGAUAAGGGCUGCUGGCAACAUGGUUCAAACAGAAAAUUUCUUGGCCAUACUUGAUGCGGAGAGAGAUGAAGAGGAUGGUUUUCAGCCAGAACAUGUGGUAGCACCUUCUAGUCCUACAGUGUCCCUCGAUGUUGUUUCAAAAAUUGAGGGCCUUAUUGUCUUCUUUCCGGGUAUACCUGGUUGUGCAAAGUCUGCUCUAUGUAAUGAAAUAUUGAAUAUGCCUGGUGGCCUUGGUGAUAACCGGCCUAUUCAUAGUUUGGAAGGAGAUCUUACUAAAGGAAAAUACUGGCAAAAGGUUGCUACUGAGCGAAUAAACAAACCAUUUAGAAUAACCCUUGCCGACAAAAACGCACCAAAUGAGGACGUGUGGCAGCAGAUCGAAGAUAUGUGCGGGAUCACAAAUGCAGCUGCUGUUCCUAUUAUUCCUGAUUCUGAAGGCACUGAUACAAAUCCAUUUUCACUUGAAGCUCUUGCUGUUUUCAUGUUUCGUGUACUCAAACGGGUUAAUCAUCCGGGAAAUCUGGGAGAGAACUCACUGAAUGCUGGUAAUGUUUUGAUAAUGUUUUACAAGCUCUAUGAUGGCAAGAGUCGAAGAGAAUUUGAAAGCGAACUGUAUGAGCGUUUCGGCUCCUUGAUUAAGAUGCCUCUUCUGAAGCCAGAUAGAGCUCCAUUGCCUGGUGAUGUCAAAAGUAUCUUAGAUAAGGGGCUUAGCUUAUUCAGACCACAACGAAGGAAGCGUGGAAGAGAGGAGCCAUCAAAUGAUUCAUAUGCUAAAGAAUGGGAAAAGUGGGAGAAGAGGUUGCGCAAGAUAUUGUUUCGGAAUGAUGAUUAUCUUAAAUCCAUUCAGGUUCCAUUUGAGGUUGCGGUGAAAGAAGUAGUGGAACAGUUAAAGGCUGUGGUGAAAGGUGAUAUCAAAACACCUGAUACUGCGAAGCGGAGGUUCGGCAACAUCUUUUUCGCUGCUGUUACAUUAUCUCAGGCAGAUAUAUUGGGACUUGUCAGGAAGGUUGCAGAGAAAGACACUGCUGUCAAAAAAUUUCUCAACGGCAUAAAAGUAGAGGAUAACCUGAACAAGGUGCAUAUCACCCUCGCCCACAAAAGUGCACAUGGUGUAGCUGCAGUUGCAAGUUAUGCUGUCUACAAGAACCAGGAAGUCCCUGUGUCUUUUAACGCCUUCUUCUACACCGAUAAGAUGGCUGCUCUCGAGGCGCAGCUUGGAAUGGUAAAUGGUGAGACUAUCGUCUCCAGAAAUGAUUGGCCACAUGUUACUGUAUGGACAGCCGCAGGUGUUGGACCAAAGAAAGCAAACACAUUGCCACAGUUGGUUUCUGAAGAAAAAGCAAAGCGGGUGGCAAUCGACCCUCCUAUCACAAUCACUGGAGUUAUAGACUUCUACUGAUUCGUUGUCUUGCUCUUAGAUAAGAGUCAGGAAUCAUUAGAUAGCUGAUUGUGUCGAUGGCUUUGUAAAUUUUAGUCUAAAUUUCAUGCCACAAAGUUUUGUAGGGUAGAGUGGGAUUUGUGAUACUAAUACUUUAUGAUUCAGAAAAACAUGUCACUGUCAGGCCCUAGAUAUAGUUAAGCAUAAUUAUGAUCA